CACCCUCUUACACGUCCCUUUCUAGGCCGUCUUGGAUUCUCACACUCCUCAUCCUGGGACAUUGCACUACAGCGUGUGGAGUCCCAUAACCUGUUCUUGGAUUGGAUUAUUACCUGACGGAUCUUCAACAGACUGGGUCUGUAUCAAGCGGGCAGCAGUUUUGCAUUUGAGAGGAGGACCAUGGUGCAGGGUCCAGUUGGAAAGAUAAAAGGGAGAGAGCGUAGCAGCUAAAUAAAGUGGAGAACAAGCCCGUCUUAAGACAUCAGUCCAAAGAAGAGGAUCUGCCGGAGGAGAGAUAAGAGGGGGAGGACAGGGAACGAAAGAGAGAGUUGGAGGACGAGAGAGAGAGAGAAUGGGAUAUUGCGGCAUGUGGAUCUUCCUCUUGUCCCUGUCUCUCUUCUAUCAAAGCGCCACUGCAGAGGCUGAAGUAUGUCGUACAGCCAUGCCUGCUGAUAUUGUGUUCCUGGUGGAUGAUUCCUGGUCAGUGGGUCCCACCAGCUUCCAGCAGAUCAAGGAGUUCAUAGCACACUUCAUCCGAGCCUUCCAGGGAAGUGUGGUUGGACAGGAAGGCAUUCGCUUUGGAGUGACUGUUUAUUCAGACUUGCCCAGGAUGCGUAUAGCUCUGACGGAUUAUUCGACUGUGGAGGAAGUGCUGAGAGCAAUUGAGGAGGUGCCCUAUGAGGGAGGCAACAGCCGCACCGGCUUGGCAUUGGAAUUCCUGGUUGAGUCUGUGUUCAGUCCUUCUAUCAUCAGAGACAACGCCCCAAAGAUUGCUGUUCUGAUCACUAAUGGCCAAUCAGAUGAUCCGGUGGACAGUCCAGCUAAAGCUGUAACAGAUAGUGGGAUUUCCCUGUUUGCUGUGGGGGUGAGGAACGCCAAUCAGGCUGAGAUGAGAAAAAUCGUCACAGAGCCCCAUGAGGAACAUCUGCUGCUCAGCCCAGAUUUCUCCUUCCCGGAGAACCUUCUGCCCAAACUGUCUCGUCGCAUCUGCUUCACUGCUUCAGAACCCCCCCGACCUGUUAAGCAAAAGCCAGCAGCGGUGGAGAGGAUAGUAGGACCUAAAGAUCUGCAAGUGAGCGAGCUGAGUUACAGCUCUCUGCAGCUGACCUGGAGUCAGGCCACAGGAGACGUUACCGGCUACAGGCUGCUCAUCACCCCUGUGUCUCCAAAGGGCCAUCUGCUCCCGGCACAGCAGAGACAGAUUGAUCUGAAGGGAGAUAUUAGUAGUGCUCCAGUAACCGGGUUAAGUCCUAAGACUGAGUACUCCCUCACUUUACAUGCCAUCUAUCCCGGACGCAUUGGAGAAUCUGCCAAUAUUACCACAGAAACCACUGUUCUGCCACCGGUUUCCAACUUCCGUGUGAUUGAAGAGGGACUGUACUCUUUACGUCUGGGAUGGACGCCUUCGCUUGGAAAAGUGGAUACAUAUAAAAUUUCUGUUCCAAGAACGGACAGGCCCGGCCUCAUUUAUGAUCAGAGACUGUCGGGGGACGCCUCUUCUCACGUGAUCGACACUUUAGAAGAGGACAAGGAGUACACAGUUGAUAUCUACGCCAUCUACCCAGAGGGCCUCAGUGAGACUGUAUCUGUCACCGGGAAAACUUUGAAACUGGUGCCAGUUGAUAAGCUGCUGGUGCAGAACGCCACAACAGACACCGUUCAGGCCCGCUGGUCUUCUGUCAGAGGCGCCACAGGAUACAGACUCACCUGGUCAUCAUCAGAGGGCCACAUAGAAAACGUGAACCUGGGAGACAACUUUAAUUUCUACAUGGUGCAGGGCCUGCAUGCUGGCACGGAGUACACCAUCACUAUCAACCCCAUCUUUGUGGACACUGAAGGACCUGUUACCUCUGCCAAAGCUAAAACAUUGGAAAGCAGUGCAGUACAGACCCUGAGAGCGUCUGCGGUGAGCACUAGCAGCGCUGUUACCUCAUGGAACGCUGUACCUGGAGCCACAGGCUACAGAUUGGCCUGGGGCCCUACUGCAGAGUUCUUAGGGAGAGAUCGGCCCAGACAGUUGGCUCUGAAUGGCAGCACUACUGAGUAUGUUUUGAAGAAUCUGGUCCAUGACACAGAGUAUGUGAUUUCCCUUUACGUUCUCUUUGGUUCUUUGGUUGGUCCGGGCAUCCCCGCUACAUUCAGGACCUCGCCUCUCGGAUAUGUCUCAAAUUUUAAAGUGACGUCAUACACCAGCUCGUCCAUCGAUGUGGAAUGGAGUCCCAUUGUGGGGGCCACGGAGUACAAACUCACCUGGAGUUCAGAAUUUGUGAGUCCUCAGAGUCAGUAUCUUGACCGCAGCACUUUACAACACAGCAUCACUGGUCUUCAGCCACAAACCCUUCAUUCUGUCAGCAUUCACGCUCUCUACAGCAACACAGAAGGACCAGAAAUCACUCUCUCACAGCAAACAGCCUCUUUGACAGACUCUGAGCUGAUUGAGACAGUUCGGGAGGUAAAGGUUGUGGACAUUGGUGCCAGCUCAUUCAAACUGGCCUGGAAGAAAACCCCAGGGGUCACUGGGUACAAGAUCACUUGGAGCCCUUUCCAUGGUGGAGAAAAAAAGAGUGAGGUUGUAUCUUCUUCUACCACGUCCUUCACCAUCACCGAUCUGCCUGCCAGUUCUGCAUACAAGAUCCAGGUCUCUGCAGUGGCCAGAAGCAAAGAGGGAAGUCCAGUGAUGGUGACGGCCCGCACAUUGGAUCUGCCCAAGGUGACUGGAUUCAGUGCUCUGAACACCACCGAUAACAGUACUGUACUGAACUGGACCAGUGUUACUGGAGCGUCUGGCUACCUGCUGUCCUGGAGACAUAUAUCAGAGGUGGACAUCUCCUCUGAUCUGCUGAGCUCUGGCUUCACCUCCUAUAAGAUCCGAGAUCUGCUAUAUGGCAGAACUUAUAUAUUUUCCAUCAGACCUCUUUAUGGGGAAGUGGAGGGUCCGGUCACAACCAUCACUAAAAGGAUCUUGGGAGCUCCUCGUCUCAUUCCUGUCCAGAGCCCUACGCCAGCCCCUGUCUCUGCUAAUACCAAAAUCAAAGACUUGCCCCUACACACCACAACCAGAAAUACUCGCACCCCAUUGGUCAAAGCCCCCAGCGCACCCACAACCACUCAGAGACUCACUACUGGCCAAACAGCUUCAGCACUGACCAGGAUUACCACAGUAAAUGACCGAACCACUGUCAAGUCUGUCAAGACACCUCCACCUGGCCCAGUGUGUGGCAGGGUGAAAGCAGAUAUUGUGUUUCUGGUUGAUGAAUCCUGGAGCAUUGGAACAAAUAACUUUGGCAAGCUGAAGGAUUUCCUGUUUAGAAUCGUCACCUACUUCCCUUCUAUAGGACCUGAAGGAACGCAGAUAGCAGUAGUUCACUACAGUGAUCAGCCCAGGAUCGAGUUCAACUUUAACACUCACAAAGACCGUAACUCCGUUUUGAGAGCACUCCGUGCAGUCCGCUACGGAGGGGGGAACACAAAAACAGGUCGUGGGAUCAGCUAUGUCCUUAGGGAGAUUUUUCAGGAGUCUUUGGGUAUGAGACAGGAAGUCCCUCACGUGUUAGUGUUACUGACAGACGGGAGAGCACAGGAUGACGUAGAGCCACCUUCCAGGAUAGCACAUGCUCUGGGUGUCAGUGUGUUGGUCAUCGGCAUUGCUCAUGCAGAUAUUAAUGAGCUGAGGACCAUCGCCUCUCCCACCACUUACACAAACAUCUUCUUGGCCAAUGAUUUCGACGAUCUUCCAGGCAUCGAGAGAGAGUUUAUCCACAGCAUCUGUAGCGAAGCCUUACAAUCAGAGUUCAAACAACACGAUGAGUCUGCUCAACUGGACACACCUACAGAUGACCCAGAAGCUCUCAGUAAACCAGAAGGGCCCUGUCCACUUAGCUGCAAGGGUCAGAAAGGAGAGAAGGGCGAUGGAUUUGGUCAUGGUGGCCUGCGACUCAAGCAAGGCCCGGGACAUUAUGACUCAUUCUCUCUAAAGGUCAAAGGUGAAAAGGGUGAACGCGGUCUUCCCGGAACGGAUGGAAUUCCGGGUUUACCAGGAAGACCGGGUAGAUCUGGACCUCCUGGUUCUCCUGGACAAAGGGGGGCGGCUGGAAUUCCGGGUGACAUGGGGCCACCUGGUAAUACUGGACCUAAAGGACAGAGAGGAGAGAGAGGUGAACCGGGAUAUGUUAUGGGAGGUAUGGAGGUUCUUCCAGGACGUAAAGGAGAACCUGGAUCCUCUGGCCCUCCAGGUGCUCCCGGGGUCCCAGGGGUAUCAGGUCCUCCAGGACUUCCUGGUUUGCUUGGGCCUCCAGGCUCUCCUGGACUCUCUGUUAAGGGCGAGACUGGAGAAUCUGGUCCUAAAGGUCCACGUGGAAAACCGGGUCCGAAAGGAGAAAAGGGGGAGCAUGGAAGUAAUGGUCUACCAGGUUUACCAGGAGCAGUGGGAGUGGAUGGACUUUCAGGACUUCCUGGGCAGAAGGGGGAGAAGGGAGAGGAAGGUAUCGGAAUUCAGGGUGUUCAAGGUCCGCUUGGGCCAAAAGGAGAAAAGGGUAAUACAGGACUACAAGGCCCAAAGGGAGAAGUAGGAACCCAAGGAGUCCAGGGAAUCACAGGCCCUCGGGGGAAAAAGGGUCUUAAAGGGGAUCAAGGAGACAAGGGUGAACGUGGGGAAAUCGGACCUAUCGGGCCUCCAGGAGUUGCAGGCUUCCCUGGAGCUGCUGGACGAAAGGGGGACGAGGGGCAACGCGGCGCACCUGGUGACCCAGCUAAAGGGAUACUCGGUCCUCCUGGGAAAAAGGGUGCCAGGGGGGAUGUUGGACAAGUUGGGCCACCAGGACCACAAGGAAUCAAAGGAGAUCAAGGUGAUAAAGGUGAAAAGGGCAGUCCUGGAUUUGGAAUCCCCGGCCAGCCUGGUCCCAAAGGAGAGAGUGGGGAAAGAGGUAAUGUUGGAUUAUCAGGAAAACCUGGGCCUAAAGGCAGCGAUGGGUCCAAAGGAGAGAAAGGGGAGGUGGGCUUCCCAGGCAACCCUGGUUCUCCAGGACUAAGAGGUAAAGAUGGUCUGCCAGGACUGAACGGAGAGAUGGGAUUGAGGGGAGAGUCUGGUUCACCAGGAGAACCUGGAGAGAGAGGUGUUAAGGGGCCUCUCGGUCUUCCAGGACGACCCGGUGACCCUGGGGGAAAAGGCGAGCCUGGGAAAUUAGGGUUACCAGGUCCGGAGGGAAACAAAGGAGAAAAGGGCGAGCCGGGAAAGCCGGGACCACCGGGAGACACUCAAUUCACCACUUCAGACAACACCAUUCUCACAAGGGCCAUUAAGGGUGAACCUGGUGAGCCGGGUCUCCCAGGACUGCGAGGGGAGAUAGGACGUCCUGGACCACCUGGUCCUGAAGGUAAACCAGGACCUCCGGGGAAUUCACUGCCUGGAUCUAGUAAAGGAAGAGAUGGUGUGGAUGGUUUACCAGGAAGUCCUGGAUCUAAGGGUGAACCAGGACAGAAAGGGGACCCAGGACCAAAAGGUGAGAAAGGAGAUCCUGGACGUGCUGGGAUUACUGGUAUGCCUGGUUUACCUGGGACACCUGGCAAACCUGGUGUUGAUGGGAAACGUGGAGUUGCUGGAAAAGAUGGAGAUCAAGGACCAAAGGGUGAUGAAGGGACAAAGGGUGAAAAAGGUGAACCUGGUGCAAAUGGAAAUGAAGGUAAAAAAGGAGAACCAGGAUCUCCAGGCUUGCCAGGUCCUCCCAUUGUCCUCAAAGAUGGUAUGUCGAUUGAGGACAUUAAAAAGGCAUUUCCCAUACCAAUGGGACCCCCGGGUGCAGUGGGUCCUACUGGGAUGAAGGGAGAGAAAGGAGACAUGGGUCUGAAAGGAGAGAAGGGUGAUGCUGGCCCACCGGGGAGAGCUGUUGAAAUGAAGGACAUUGAAGGCUUGUUUGAUUCAUAUGGUAUUAAACUCUCGCUGCUGAAGGCCUUGAUUGACAGGCUGCUUCAGGAUGGGAUGGAGGAGCUUCUUCAUGAGAUCAGCACCAGCAGAAGAGUGAAAGGAGACAGACAGGAGCCGGACUCAAACAUCAUCACUGAAUACACCAGCUCAGUGAAGUACAGUCACCCAGAAGAGUCAUUACCUUAUACAGAUUUAACUGAGGAAGAGGCUGAUCUUGAAGAGGGGCAGAUGCCUGAGCCCAGUCCUGUAGCAGUAAUUACAGCACCAUUAUUCAUAAUCCAUUUUCUAACCAAACAUCAACACACUUUAUUCAGUUAUUUUCAGAUAUACUUGACUGAUUUGCUUUGGUGCCUUGUCUUGUAUUUUAAGAAGCCUCUGGCCAACCAGAGUAAAACCAAAGACAAGCUGGUAGAUGUUGACGAAAAGGAACUUGUGGAGACCAACUUCAGUGAUGUAACACCUUUGAAAUUUCUCCAAACCAACACUUCCUCUGAGAGGUUGGGCUCUGGGAAGGUAGAGGUAAGUAUGGAGACAGUCUUCCACAGCCAUGAGGACACGGGGAAGAAAACAUCUGGAGAGAAGAAGAAAGGCAGAGAGAGGGGAAAGGCCAAAGGAAAUAAAGGACGUCAAAAACGACAAAGGAAACGUUUGGAAGGUCAAGGCAACAUGGAAGAGGAGGUUGAGGAAGCAUCAUAUGAUGAUGAGGAAUAUGAAUAUGAGGACGAGCUGCACACAGAAGAGCCCUUUCCCUCUCGAGAGGAGGAAGGCGAAAGGGAGGAGCUAAAAUACUCAGUAACAACAGCUAUAUACGCAGAAGAAAAUGAGGGUGAAACAACUUCUCCAGAGGAGAUUACCCGGAUGGUUCACCCAAUAACAGCGAGUCCCCUGCUCUCAUCAAAAGUCACAGAGGAGAAGCCACUUGAAACCACAUUAAUAUCAGUGCUAAAUACAACACAAACUGGAGAGGAGGUGAGCUUGUUCCACACUAGCGGCUUGGAAGAGGCAAGAUCUAAAGUGAAGAGAAGUGCUCCUUCAUCUGAGUACAUGGCCUACAUGCCUGGAACCCCAGGUGGGCAAAACCGGUACAAACAAGGAUCUAAGCGGUCUACCUCAGGUGCACAAGGCAAAAAGAAGCUAAAUAAAAAGAAGCAAGAAAACAAAGACCUUGACACUGUGACGGAGAUGUACAGGGAAAGAGAGGGGGAAGAACAGGGGGUGAGAGAAGAUGAAGUCUAUCUUGAGAACAAAGGAAGGAAUAUUGAGGAGGAAAAGACAACUGAGGAACAUUGGGACACGGAGGAAGAGGAUGGUGUGACUGAGACCAAGGAAAACAGUUCAGGUGAUGGUGACGAGGAGACAGGCAGCGAGGAGAUAAAGGAAGAGUUUGAGCUAGAGAGGGAGAGGGAGAGACAGGAGAUGGAAAGAGAAAGGAUGGAACUGGAACAAGAAAGAGAAAAAGAACUGGAAAGGGAGAGAGAGCUAGAGAGAGAGACAGAGAUGGAGCAAGAGGAAAAUGAGGAGAGAGAGAGACAGUUACAAAGACAAAGAAUAGAAUGGGAGAGACAAAGAGAGAAGAUGGAGAGAGAGAGAAAGGGAGAGACAGACCAAGAAGAAGACAUGGGGCCUCGUAUUUCCCACUGUGAUUACCUUAAAGGACCUCCAGGUGAAAAUGGAAAAGCAGGCCCUAAGGGGGAGAUUGGGGAAAAAGGCCAGAAGGGAGAACCUGGAACCGGUCACCGUGGGCCCAUUGGUCAGGCCGGUCCACCUGGACAAAAGGGCGAGCCUGGAGAACCAGGACCACCUGGAGCACAGGGCAUUCAGGGUAUUCGUGGCAACCUUGGCAUCCCGGGGUCACCAGGUCACAGAGGUCAGCCUGGUGACCCUGGAGAGCCAGGUAGAAAGGGUGAUAGAGGUAGACGAGGGAAGAACGGUUCACCUGGUACUCCAGGUGCAAUUGGUGCUCCUGGACAGCAGGGUCCUCCUGGCCCUUCUGGGGUUAAAGGUGAAAAGGGAGACAGUAUCCCAGGAGAACCAGGUGACAGAGGAAUUCCUGGGCUCCCAGGUCGCAGGGGAGGCAAAGGCACUGUGGGUGCCAGUGGUCCUCCAGGUCUCAUGGGUCCUAAAGGCAUGACGGGUAUGAAAGGAGAAAAGGGUGACAAAGGUGUGCCUGGUCACAGAGGAGACAAGGGUAGUCCUCUCUCCAUGCCAGGACCCAGAGGAUAUAAGGGUCUGAAAGGAGAGGCAGGUGAACGCGGGCUUCCAGGAUUUGAUGGAGAUAAAGGAGAGAAAGGUGAAGAUGGUCCACCUGGUGCAAAGGGGCUGAAGGGAGAGGCUGGUACUAAAGGAGGCAUGGGGCCUUUUGGUGUACGUGGUCCAGUUGGACAAAAGGGGGAUCCAGGGGAGCCAGGCGCCAAUGGGGAAAAGGGUCGUAAUGGAGAACAUGGAUUGGAUGGUGAGAAAGGUGAUAAGGGAGACAUGGGCCUGCAGGGCCGAAAGGGAGAUCAGGGUGAGACAGGGGAGCCUGGUUUACCUGGAGAUGCAGGAAUUAAAGGCGAGAAGGGCUUCAGAGGUUUCCCUGGACGAAUAGGGAGUCCAGGACUGGAUGGAGAACAGGGUGAUUCUGGGGACCCUGGCAGGCCUGGCAUUCCAGGACUAAACGGUCUCCCGGGACGAAAGGGAGAAAAAGGUGACAGUGGUCUGAAUGGUCUUGAUGGAGCUCCUGGGCAAAAAGGAGAGAAGGGUGCAACUGGUUUCCCAGGUUUCACUGGGUUUAAAGGAUCUCCUGGUGCACCAGGAACUAACGGGGCUCUGGGUCGGCCUGGUCCGGUUGGACCUAAAGGUGACAUGGGACCAAAGGGAGAGAAGGGAAGGAGAGGCAGAGGAAAGGCCUGUCAACGGGGACCCCCUGGAAUUCCUGGGCUCAGAGGCCUGGAUGGGGAACUGGGAACCUCAGGAAUGAAAGGAGAAAAAGGGGAGCCUGGACUCAGUGUGGAGGAAGUGAAGGAUCUUGUGAAAAAAGAGGUGGUUGAGAAGUGUGGAAAGGACAUACUCCUGAUGGUGAACACCAAUGAUCCAGAUGAUGGGAGUAUCCUAAAGGAAGAGAGAAGAACAGAUUCUUCCUCUCCGUUCUUGCUCACCCACCCCAAAGUGUGGGAUGAAGAGUCAGAGGACGAGACCACUACAGUUCAUCCUGCUGUUUCAGACUCUGAGCCAACAUUAGCAUAUGGCAACGUUACAAGUAGAGGAGCCAGUACUGAGGGAGAGGGAGAACAGAGAGAAAAGAGACAUGCACUCAAACUCCACUCAGACCUAGCCGCUGAUCUGUGCCUUGAACCCAUGUCUGAGGGCCAUUGCACUGAAUACAUCCUGCUCUGGUACUACUACACCGUCUCAGGAGAAUGCCGUCCCUUUGUGUAUGGUGGCUGUGGAGGAAACAGGAACAGCUUCAGCUCUAAACAGGACUGUGAGAGUCAAUGUGUUCUGGGGAGGAGAGAUUUUGGAUCCUGAGGAGGAGAGAUAUGCUAUUUUUAACAGUGUAACUAAAUUCUAUCUCACAAAAAAAUACUAUUUUUGUACAUUGCCAUCCUAUAUGUUAUAUUAGUUUAUAACAGCUUUAUAUGGCAGAAAAAAAUAAUACUACAUCAUGUUUGCAUUUUACUUUUACAGUGCAACACAUUGUUGCACUUUUGUAGUUAUUUCUUACAAAUACGCCAUGUUUUUAUACAAAAAAAAUAUAUUUAGUUUGAUGUUUAUAAACCAAGGUCAUGAUUCUAAGAGUAAAUGCACUAUUAAUAUAACUGAAUAUGUGUUUAUAACCUGUCCACCAUGAGGUUUAUCAUUUUGCACUAAUGGUUCUGUUUGUAAAAUGUUCUUAAUCUGACUGUAUUUGUAAGACAAUUAAAACAAUGAGAUGAAUAUA